GUGUGGUCCCCCAUGGAGAUGGAAUUUGGGUCCACAAAGUGUUUCUAGCCCUUCUACAAAUCCCCCCUUCUGUAAUCGGAUCUAUCACUCUGCAAAUCUGUUUUGUGCAAAACUGCAUGCUGUGAAGUUUAGUGUAAGAGAGUUUGAAGGAUAUGGAAGUAAUGGGUGCUUUGAAUCACUCUUGUGAUACAACUCUGGGUCUGGGUAUCAGAAUUGGUGUAAGUGAACAAUCUAAUGGCGGCCCAUCAGCUCCAAUCCAGUUAGAUCUCCUCCCAUUUGGUCCCAUCCCUCGUCUAUCACCUGCUUCAGAGACUUUCCAAUGUGCAAAGAAUUCAUCAGAGCAAGGGUCAAGGCAGAAUAUCAUCGAUAUCAAUAAGUUGCCUCUUCCAAGCUCUUUAAGUUCUACCUCUUCCCAUCAUCAUGAUAUUACUGCGGCUUCCUCUCACAGAGAAGGCACCUAUGGCACACACAUCAAGAGAGAACGUGAUGGGCUUACAGAGGAUUUUGAGGUGGAGAAAGGUAGUUGUAGAAUUAGCGAUGAAGAAACAGAGAGCAGUGGUACAAGGAAGAAGCUCAGGCUCUCAAGAGAUCAAUCUGCAGUUUUGGAAGAGAGUUUCAGAGAGAAUGGUACUCUUAAUACUAUGCAGAAACAAGCCCUGGCAAAACGGCUGAAUCUUCGCCCCAGACAAGUUGAAGUCUGGUUCCAAAACAGGAGGGCAAGAAGCAAGCUCAAACAAACAGAAGUGGACUGUGAAUUCUUAAAAAAGUGCUACGAAUCAUUGACAGAGGAAAACAGAAGACUGCAGAAAGAAUUAGCACAACUAAGAUCAGUAAAAGCUGCAGCAGCAUCUCCAUUGUACAUGCAAUUGCCUAGGGCAGCUCUAAGCAUGUGUCCUUCCUGUCAAAGAGUUGUGACCUCUGAUAACACCAGGCCUUUUACUCCUUUGCCAAAAAAAGAAUUGUAUACCUCUUACACACAUUCUUCGGUGGCCUGCUGAACAUAUUCCUAUAUGUACAGUCAUUUCAUAUUAAUCUUACUCAUCUCCACUGAGGCCACCUCCAUGUUUAUUUAGGAGCUGCUGUGCACUCGUAUGAAUGUAAACAAACUAACUGGUACGUAGAUAUGUUAGUGGGAUUUCUCCCUUAUUCCAAAUGUACUCUACUCUGUACAAAAAUGUAGCCAAUAUAUAAUAUAACUGCUGACAUGCAGAUUAGAUCA